AUGCGGGAGUGGCUGGCCAACCACUCGAUGAAACCCGACGCCGUGCUCUGCGACCAGACGGGCAGCGAGAUGGUCAUGGGCUGCGGGGACAUGUCCUGCCAGUCUUCGAAGGACUUCAUGGCUGCAAACCAUGAGAUGCACAUGGCCAUGAUGGUGGACAUCACCUGUGAGCACAGCGUCGACUUCAUGCGCGGCAUGAUUCCCCACCAUGCAGGAGCUAUUCUCAUGUGCCAGGUGUUGGCCAAUGCCACUGCUGGCGAUCCCGACCCGUUUCUGGAGGAGCUCUGCGCAAACAUCACCGCUGUUCAAUAUUCAGAGAUGGCCUGGAUGUCCGGGUGGCUGCGGUCGAACGGCAAGCCCGUGGUGGCCACCUGCCAAGACUGUGGAGCCAUGCAGCCCACCCAGCCGCCGCCACUCUGCGAAGAUACCCUGCCCACCAGCAGCUUCUGUCACACGCUGGGGGGCGACCUCAACUGCAAGUGUUCCACGGCCAUCGCGAGCCAUCCCUGUGGGGAGCUGGCCUCCAUCUCCGGGUUCGGGCUCUUCAACACGACCGCCGAGUGCAUGCGUACUUGCGGACACUGCCCCACUGAGCGCCCUCCCCUGUUCCACCACCCCUGUGGCGGUCACGACCACGGCGGCCACGACGGGCACGACGGCCACGACGGCCCCGACGACCACGAGGGUCACAGCCACGUUACCGUGGAUGCGGCCCACUGUGCGGAAGCUCGACUCGCUUUGGCAUUAGCUUCGAUGACUGCGGCUGCUCUCUCGUGA